AUGGCAGCAACAGUCACAAUCAAAUCCGGUGCUUCCUGGCAAGAGGUUGCCGAAGAUAGGCAAAAAUACCGCGAUGCCACUCUUGCUAAGGUGGAGCCAGCUCUUGGGAAACUUAAAGAUAUCCCACGAAAUACACUACCAAUCGCAAAAGAACUACUGACGGCUGAGGAAGUCAAAAUCACAGAAAGCACCGUAGAGGAACUGGCCAAGCAAAUAGGUGACAGCGACAUAAGCUCAGUGGACGUGGUUAAGGCUUUUCUUCGCCGAGCAGUACUAGCACAAACAUUGACAAAUUGUGUGACCGAGGUCCUUCCUGAUCAAGCCAUCGAAAGAGCAAAGUAUCUCGAUGAAUACCUGGCUAAAAACGGUAAACCAAUUGGGCCUCUACACGGAAUUCCAAUAAGUGUGAAGGAACAUAUUGGUAUGAAGGGAUUAGAUCACAAUGCCGGUUUCGUCGGCUGGGUAGGAGGGGUCGCAGAUGACGAUGCUUUAAUACUGAAAAUUCUGCGGGCAGCUGGUGCAGUCUUCUAUGUUAGGACCACUCAACCUCAAUGUUUGAUGCAUUUAGAGACGAGCAGCAACUUAUAUGGAACCACGACAAAUCCUUUUAACACAACUUUGACGCCUGGAGGGUCGUCUGGUGGUGAGGGUGCACUGGUUGGUUUCAGGGCAUCACUGCUGGGUAUUGGUACGGAUAUUGGGGGUUCGAUUAGAGGUCCAGCUGCAAAUUGUGGUGUUUAUGGGUUGAAACCAACCACAAAGAGACUGCCAGUUUCAGGUCUGAAAGCAGUGGGCGGCGGGCAAGAACAAAUCGUACCGACCAUCGGACCUCUUUCUACGAGUCUGGAAGGACUCAAGAUUUUUACCAAGACUUUGAUUGAUGCUAAACCGUGGUUGCGCGAACCUGGCUUAUUACCGUUCCCUUGGAAAGAGGAGGACUUCUUCAACGGUAGGAAAAUAAAGGUAGCGGUGAUCUGGGAUGACGGUGUGGUUAAACCGCAGCCUCCUGUUACGAGAGCUCUCAAGGAAGUCGUGGAUAAAUUAGCAUCUAGUGACAAAUUUGAAGUCGUUGAUUGGAAGCCAUAUCAACAUGAUAGAGCUUGGGAGAUCAUCGCGAACCUCUAUUUCUGCGAUGGUGGGAAAGAGAAUGACGAAGCGCUUGCGAGCUCGAACGAACCGUGGUUGCCAUUAUCUACUCACAUCGCCAAAAAUAAACACGUUGAACACCACACCAUCACCUCACUGUACAAGGCAGUCAUGGGACGGGACGCCUACCGUCAAGAGUACGCCAAUCUAUGGAACAGUACGGCUACAUCUGUUACACAAGAUGGAACACCGGAAGGCAUGGUGGAUGUAAUUUUGUGUCCAGUCGGGCCCGGUUCAGCUCCAAAGAUAGAAACAGCGAAGUGGUGGGGUUAUACAAGUCAAUGGAAUCUGCUUGAUUACCCAGGACUCGUUUUCCCUGUAGAUAAGGUUGAUGUCUCAAAGGACUCAGUAGACAUGAAUCACGAGCCCAGAAAUGAGAGGGAUGAAGAAAACGUUGCUUUAUGGAAAGAACAUGGUGCGGAAGGUUAUAAAGAUGCUCCCGUUAGCUUGCAACUUGUUGGUCGCAGGUAUGAGGACGAGAAGCUUAUACAGGCAUUGGAGAUUAUUCAAGCAGAGACCGGCUUGCCAUUUGCAUCAUAUACAUGA